GUUGUUCUCACGGAUGCUCUCGCUCCACGGUAAAUGGGUUUUUAAUUUCGAUCUGACUUCUGGACCAGCAUCACUUCCUUCCCAUCAAAGCUACAGAUUUGCAACACGGCGCCCGCAGAUCGAGCGGUCAGUCUGCGGUAAAUCGUUUUGAUCAUGAAUCUCAGUCUAUCCGACCGGAGUGUGCAGGGUAAUAAGGGAUCCCAUGAAGAGGAUAAACCACAACUGGCCCACCCGUAUUUCCACAGAACAAUGUACGAUGACUCCUUGGCCAGCUAUUCCAAUGGAUCCAUUAUCUCACAGCUCCUGAGGAAGACCAUCCAGAGCAAGAAAGCCUUAGAUGAUGGCUUGUUCUACCUGCCAGCUACCACCCUGUCCACCACUGCCUUAGUUGACUCAGGCCAAGAAGACCAAGACAGCACAUCUUCUGGGAACAGUGCGACAGAGCCCGGUUCUCCUAGUGGUUGGCCCUCCUCGUCUGGUGGCUCUGAGGGUGAGAGACCUGUUAGCGAGCAUCUCCGGGCUAAGCGUGCCCGAGUGGAGAACAUCAUCCGGGGCAUGGCGGGCUCCCCUAGCGCGCGGGUCCUAGGGGCCAAUGAGCAGGCUGACGAAGAGAGCCACGACAACAGAGAAACCUACAAAGAGAACAAGAGGAAACAGAGGCUGCCACUGCAUCAGGACCUGGACAGUGCUCCAGCCAGCAGGGGGCGUAGCAGCAAGGACGAGGAGUGCCACCGCCUGCGGGGUCAGCUCCACGCCAUGCAGAGCCUCCUCAGGCAGCUCCAGGAGAAGUUAUUCCGGGUGCAGAACCCAAAUGAUUCAGAGCAUGAGUAUGGAGAGGAAGCAGGCAUGGCGGGAACUGUGGUAAGCGACGACGUCAUGGAAAACCUAGAGUCACUGCACAGCUCCGAGUGUGAACUCCACAUGGACCUGGAUGAGGAGUUCGAGAGAAGGCUGCACAAUCAGAGGGAGUCAGGCAAGACAGACAGUGACCAAGUAAUGAUCCAUUCGGGGGGAAGGAAUCUACAGGAAGCUUUAAAGUAUGAGCUGUCCAAAGCCAUAGCAGAGAGCGUCGAUUUGGUUUUCAAAAAGUUCUCUCCUACUUUACUGGUUCCACCAAGCCCCUCACACAUAUCACAGGUCCCAGAGCUCAAGAAAAGGACCAAAACACAAAGUUCCCUAGAGAUAUCAAAAGCCAACGGAGAAGGAACUCACAGGUCCCUCAACUACUAUGAGGGCUCCGAGGGUCAUACUCCGGAAGACCAGACGGAGGCGCUGUCGUUAGUCGUUCGCAAGCCGCCCCUGAGCCACCCAGUUACAGCAAGCCCAGUAGCGAAAAGGCCCUACCCAUUAUCCCAUGCUCCUUUCCAGUUCAGUUACUGCUCCCCCCUCCAGGAGAAUCAGAUUUUAGGGCACCUCCUGAAGUACGGCCCGCACAGCAGCUUCGGGAGCCUCUCCUGCCUGCCCCCACCCGUAGACAGGUCCUCGACGGACUCCAUCAACCUGACGUGGGACGCCAUCGCUGCCAGAGCCAAGGUGACCUCCAACCCCAUGGGCCAUCGCCCCCAGCCUACCACCAUGGGGCAAGUGAUGGUGGACGGCCUGAGCCUCCCCACCAUCAAGGUAGAGUGCGGGGACUCGCAGACGAUGGCAGAGAGGAACACCUACAUGUCGCUCAGUAUCCAGGAAGGCCUAACCCCCAGCCACCUGAAGAAAGCAAAGCUUAUGUUCUUCUAUACCCGCUAUCCCAGCUCCAACGUGCUGAAAACCUUCUUCCCAGACGUGAAGUUUAACCGCUGCAUCACCUCCCAGCUCAUCAAGUGGUUCAGCAACUUCCGCGAGUUCUACUACAUCCAGAUGGAGAAGUUUGCCCGGCAGGCCAUCAUGGAGGGUGUCAGCGGCACCAAGGACCUGUCCAUCAGCAGGGACACCGAGCUUUUCCGAGCACUCAACAUGCACUACAACAAAGCCAACGACUUUCAGGUGCCCGACAGGUUUCUGGAAGUCGCUGAGAUCACCCUUCAUGAAUUUUAUAAUGCCAUUUCCCUGGCCAAAGACUCAGACCCAUCCUGGAAGAAGGCUAUCUACAAGGUGAUCUGCAAACUGGACAGCGAAGUCCCUGAGGACUUCAAAUCACCUUCCUGCCUGUAGAAACAACCAAAAGCAACAGGCCAGGUACCUAUCGGAGAUUUUGUAUAGAGGAAUACCACUUGAAGUAUGUGCCACUUUUUGCAGUGGAUUUAAAAUGUACGAUUCCCAGCCUAAUUGUUGAGGCUUGUCACAUGACGUGUGACUGCGGGGCAAACCCUGGUAAUUCAUGUAAUAACAGUCAAAAAGAGAUAUGAUGUAAAAUUAAACAUUACAAAGCUUGCACAGAGCUGAUGACUGACAGCUAUGCUCUAAAACUGAAUCACUGAACCUCACACAGUUAGCCAUAAUGUUAGCAGUAGAUAGUAAUGUUAGCUGUUUACCAAAUAUUUAGUUAUUUUUUAAUGACUUGGUUUGCUUAGCUUAUGUUUUUAUCCAACGCAGCUUAUACUUUUAUUUAGCCAUUUAAACAGAUGGAUUAUUUCCUGGAAAAAUUCAGGGUAAGAACUAAGUACAACAGAGGCACUGUGUGGGAACCUGUAUGUUUAAAUGGGGAACAACUGUGAAUAAAUCUUAAUAUCUGUGCAUAUACUGAGAUACAAGCGGAAAUAAUAUGCUUUCCUACGGUGUUUCUUUGACGAUUUUCUCAUGUCGACAAUUGAGUCAUAGAUUUAGUUAUAAUGAUUAGUUACAAUGAUUUUUGAUGUGAUUCAGUUUUGCAGACUGCAAUGGAUCAGAACCACAUUUCAUGAUAAUUAUGAUACAAAGAUCCUAUGUAUAUCAAACAUAAAUGUUGAUUUGAAGUGCAAAA